UUCAGGAAAUACCGGGGCGCGAUCGCUUGCAUCAUUGGCUCGGCUGACGGCCGCUUAAGGGAAUCACAUUCGAGUUAGGUCCACAAGAAACUUGCCCUGCUUAAGUGUAGCAAAAGUUUAUAAAACCAGCGGCCACGUACAACACGCUUUUAGUUUCGCCUAGGACAUUAGAUCCGACGUUCAUCAAGAAGAUCGUUCAACCUACGCUGAAAUCAUGUUCAGAUUACUGAUACCGUGUCUGAUAUGGCUGUCGAGCGUUCGUUCCGAAACUACAAUGGACAUGCACAUGCACAUGCCGGAUGGCAUGAUGGAGGACAAAGCGGCUAUGAAAAGGGAAUCGUAUUAUAAUCCGUGUCCUCCGACUUACUCGCAUCCCAUCUCGUACUCGCCGCCCCCGCAAAUUUACGUGAAACCGUACGUGCAACCAGCGCCGGCGCAUUAUAUCCCGAAACCGAUGAUCACCUACGUGAAGCCAUCUCCACCUCCGGUGAUCGUGAAACCAGCACCGGUAAUCGUUAAGCCAGUCGCUCAAUCAAAAGUGGUUUAUCCGAUCUAUCAGAAGCCGAUGGUGUCGUAUGCGCCGAUCUACCAGAAGCCCGUUUACUACGCGCCAAUGUAUCAAAAAUUGAUGUACCAAGAGCCGAAGGUGUAUUUGAAGAAAUACGAACUACCGGUUACUCAAGUGAUUCAGAAACCUCAAAUUUCAUACCCAAUUCAGUACCAUCAGCCGAAAGUGGUGCAGGUCCCGGCGCCGCAGAUCAAUGUUGUGAAGCUCGCACAACCCGUUGCACAUCCGCAGCCUAUUUACCAAUCGUCCAUAAAACCGUACUGCCCUUAAAAGACGAUUCGUGAACAAAUGUCACGGUGCGAUUGCAGCGAUCGAGUCGAUCAAACGUAUAGCUCUCUCGAGAACGUGCUGAAUAAGCGGAAGACACCGCGAGACUCUUCGUCCCAUCGAAACGACCAUAUCACGACUGUCUUUAACCUGCCAUAACGAUCAACGUAGUCAAGCGUAAUUCAGCGAAACUUCCGUUUCGCAAAUUGUACAAUAAAAACGAAGGAAGUAUCAA